CACAACAAACACAUCUACAAAUCAACCAUGAAGCAUCUUUGGCUCGCAUUAACUUUUUUAUUAGCUUUGGCGAUUUGCAAAGCUGAUGAAGAAAUUUCUUGCGAAGAGAACGUGCCAUUCACAUGUGGUCAAACUCAUCGUUUCAACAGUAGCAGUUUCGAGAAAGACUUUAUCUUCGGUCUUGCAUCUUCUGCUUACCAGAUCGAAGGUAGCAUAAAUCGUGGACUUAACGUUUGGGAUGGCUUCACUCACCGAUUCCCACAUAAAGCAGGACCCGAUAAUGGAAAUGGAGACACUACUUGUGACUCAUAUUCGUACUGGGAGAAAGAUAUAGAGGUUAUGGACGAACUCAAAGCUACUGGCUACAGAUUCUCCAUUGCCUGGUCAAGAAUCAUUCCAAGAGGAAAGAGGAGCAGGGGAGUACACCGAGGAGGUAUUAACUACUACCACGGACUCAUAGAUGGCCUCAUCGAAAAGGGUAUAACGCCUUUAGUUACGCUCUUUCACUGGGACCUUCCUCAAGUACUACAAGAUGAUUAUGAAGGUUUCUUGGACCCCCAGAUCAUAGAGGAUUUCAGAGAUUACGCGGAUCUAUGUUUCGAAGAAUUUGGUGAUAAAGUAAAGAACUGGUUCACAAUCAACCAGCUCUACUCAGUGCCUACGAGAGGAUAUGGAUUAGGAGCAGAUGCACCUGGUCGAUGUUCUCCGAAGGUUGAUUCUACAUGUUACGCCGGAAAUUCUUCGACGGAACCCUAUAUCGUUGCACAUAACCAGCUCCUUGCUCAUGCCAAGGUGGUCGAUCUCUAUAGGACAAAAUAUAAGCAUCAAGGAGGUAAGAUUGGACCUGUGAUGAUAACUAGAUGGUUUCUUCCAUAUAAUGACACUGAUCCAGACUGCAUAGUUGCAACCGAGAGGAUGAAAGAAUUCUUCUUGGGAUGGUUCAUGGGGCCGCUAACAAAUGGUACAUACCCUCAAAUCAUGAUAGACACUGUGGGUGAGCGGCUUCCAUCGUUCACUCCAGAGGAAUCCAAACUGGUAAAGGGUUCAUAUGAUUUUCUUGGCCUCAACUAUUACUUCAGUCAGUAUGUCCAGCCAAGUCCUAAUCAUGUUGAUCGGGAUGAUCACACUGCCAUGAUGGACGCUGGCGCAAGGCUCACAUUUCGCAAUGCAAGUAAUCAUCUCAUUGGUCCAGCGUUCGCUGAACACAGGGACGAGACCAGAAACAUCUAUUACUACCCAAAAGGCAUUUAUUAUGUGAUGGAUCACUUCAAAACCAAAUACAAUGACCCUUUAAUCUAUAUAACCGAGAACGGAUUCGUUACCAGUGAUGAAACCCGUGAGGAGGCUAAGUUUGAUUACAGGCGGAUUGAUUAUCUCUGCAGUCAUCUUUGUUUUCUCAGUAAAGUCAUCAAGGAGACAGGUGUCAAGGUGAAAGGAUACUGUGCAUGGUCUCUUGGGGAUAAUUAUGAAUUUGGACAAGGAUUUACCGUCAGAUUCGGACUCACUUACAUUGACUGGAAUAAUGUCACUGAUAGAGAUCUCAAAGAGUCUGGCAAAUGGUAUAAGAAGUUCCUUGCCACCAAGAAACUAGCGAAGAAAGAUUUCCUUCGCUCCAGCCUCACCUUUGAGAAGAAGAAGUUGGCAGAUGCCUGAAAGAUCUAAUCCACUUUAUUUACGUCAUCAAGAUCAUCUUCAUGUCCCCUCUUUCUACUUGCUCCAUAGAUAAGGAGCUUCAUCUACCUACCACUGUAUACUAAAUAAAAAAACCUUAAUAUAAGAAGAUAUGGGUUUUGGA